CCGUAAAACACCAAAGAAGAGGAGGAAGAAUUGUAGUUCAGGGUUUGAAGCACGUAUCGAAGCUUCAGUGAGUCGCUGCCAUCACUGAUCACUGCGUACAGUUUGUUUAGGACUGAAACAGCUGCUGCUGCUGGAACAUCUGACUUCCGCUGAAGAACAGCUCGCGAGCCGGCGCGCGCUUCCAAACAUCCGCUCGUGGUGACGCCCCCUCCACUUAGCACCGAUCGCUAACUCCGAUUAUUAGCAUCUAGUGACGUUGAUAGCCGCUCAGCUCGUACAGUUUGAAAGCCGAGGGGGGGACAUAAUGCAAGAGGACUAUCUGUGAGGAACGACCCCAGCCACGGUGAGUCCCGGUAACGACCCCAGCCACGGUGAGUCCCGGUAACGACCCCAGCCACGUGCCAUGUCUCUGGUUUUCCCACGACCCAACAGCAACGCAGUCCACGGUAAGAAGGAUAAGAGACUGAUGGCGGAAGUAAACGCAUCACCGCUCAAGCAUUUUGUCACAGCAAAGAAGAAGAUCAACGGGAUCUUUGAACAGCUGGGGGCCUACAUCAAGGAGAGUGCCUGCUUUCUGGAAGAUACUUACAAAAAUGAAGAACUGGACCCAGUCACCACGGAGGAGCAGGUACAGGAGGUCCGGGGUUAUCUGGCCAAGGUGGCUGGAAUUGGAGAAGUGCUUGCCCGCAGACAUAUGAAGGUGGUCUUCUUUGGGAGGACGAGUAAUGGGAAGAGCUCAGUGAUCAAUGCCAUGCUGUGUGACAAGGUGCUGCCGUCCGGAAUAGGACACACCACCAACUGCUUCCUGAGGGUGGAGGGCACCGACGGCAAUGAGGCCUUCCUCCUCACUGAAGGCUCUGAGGAGAGGAAGAGCAUAAAGACGGUGAACCAGCUGGCCCACGCUCUCCACCAGGAUGAAGACUUGGAUGCUGGCAGCUUGGUCUGUGUCAUGUGGCCUAAAGCCAAGUGUGCUCUGCUCAGGGAUGAUCUGGUGUUGGUGGACAGUCCAGGCAUCGAUGUCACCACAGAACUGGACAGCUGGAUCGACAAGUUCUGUCUGGAUGCUGAUGUGUUUGUUCUGGUGGCCAACUCUGAGUCCACACUGAUGCAGACGGAAAAGUCCUUCUUUCACAAGGUCAAUGAGCGGCUCUCCAGUCCCAACAUCUUUAUCCUUAACAACCGCUGGGACGCCUCAGCCUCAGAGCCUGAAUACAUGGAGGAGGUCCGUCGGCAGCACAUGGACCGAUGCACUAACUUCCUGGUGGACGAGCUGGGUGUGGUGGACCGGGCCCAGGCCAGUGACCGCAUCUUCUUCGUCUCUGCAAAGGAAGUGCUCCAGGCUCGCGUGCAGAAGGCUCAAGGAAUGCCUGAAGCAGGUGGAGCUCUUGCCGAGGGUUUCCAAGCCAGAAUGUUUGAGUUCCAGAACUUUGAGAGGCGAUUCGAGGAGUGUAUCUCGCAGUCAGCAGUGAAGACCAAGUUUGAGCAGCACACCGUGAGGGCCAAACAGAUCUCUGAAGCUCUGCGCCGCAUCAUGGACUCUGUGCACAUCGCUGCACAAGAGCAGAGGGUCUACUGCCUGGAGACCAAAGAGGACCGCCAGGACCGAUUGGAGUUCAUAGACAAGCAGUUGGACCUGUUGACCCUGGACUGCAAGGCCAAGAUCAAGAAGAUUACCGAGGAGGUGGAGAGACAGGUGUCUAAUGCGAUGGCAGAGGAGAUCCGGAAGCUCAAUGUGCUGGUGGAUGACUUUCACAUGGACUUCCACCCAUCACUAGUAGUGCUCAAGGUCUACAAGAAUGAGCUCCACCGCCACAUUGAGGAGGGUCUGGGCAAGAACAUGUCAGAGAGGUGCUCCACCUCCAUCACCAGUGCCCUGCAGGGCACGCAGACCGACAUGAUCGAGGGUCUGAAGCCUCUGCUGCCCAGCCAGGUCAGAGAGCAGGUAGACAAGAUUGUUCCUCGUCAGUGCUUCAGCCUCAGUUAUGACCUGGCUUGUGACAAGCUUUGCAGCGACUUCCAGGAGGACAUCAGCUUCCACUUCUCCCUCGGCUGGACCAUGCUGGUCAACCGCUUCCUCGGGCCCAAGAACACCCGGCGAGCCCUCAUGGGCUACAACGACCAGGUCCCUCGGCCCAUGGCCCUCACUCCAGUCAGCACCAGCAUGCCUCCAUUCCCACAAGGUUCUGUGACCCAGGAAGAGCUAAUGGUCUCCAUGGUGACUGGUCUUGCCUCCCUUACCUCCCGUACUUCCAUGGGUGUCCUUGUGGUUGGUGGCGUGAUCUGGAAGGCAGUGGGCUGGCGCCUGAUCGCCCUGUCGGUGGGUCUAUACGGACUCCUCUACGUUUACGAGCGGCUCACCUGGACCACCAAGGCCAAGGAGAGAGCCUUCAAGAGACAGUUUGUGGACUAUGCUAGUGAGAAGCUGCAGCUCAUCGUCAGCUACACUGGAUCCAACUGCAGCCACCAAGUCCAGCAGGAGUUGGCAGGUGUGUUUGCUCAGCUCUGCCAGCAGGUAGACGUCACCCGUCAGAACCUUGAGGAUGAGAUCACUGACAUGAACAACAAGAUCGAACUGCUGGACGGCCUACAGAGCAAAGCUAAGCUGCUGCGGAACAAGGCGGGCUGGCUGGACAGCGAGCUCAACAUGUUCACCCAGCAGUACCUUCACCACAGCAAGUAACAGACUGAUCAUCCACCUGAGAACAUGAACAGCACAGGAACAUGCAGUACUACCAUGUUCUCAGCAACACGGGAGAACAGGAGGGAGAUCCAGGAUGUACGUGUGUGUGAAGAGUUACCUGGUGGUUGUGUGUGGAUACGUGGGCUCAGGAUGCGUCCGGUGAUCAGCUGCUUGACUCAGCACUAAUAUAUAAAAAAAAGUCAAAUAACAGGACGAGCUGUUAAAUAGAAGCUACAAGAUGAAAAGAAAGUCCAAGCAUGUCAGAAGUGAACAUCGCUUAUGAUGAUUCCUCCAUUCGAUUUAGCACUUUCAUGUUCAGUUGUGGUGAUAUUCGAGCGAACCCGAUGUCUUCCCAUCUGACUCCAGAACAGAAAUCCAGUCGAAGCUCUCCUUGUAUCCUUCUUAGAAGUGUUAAGUGACGUGUACGCUCCUUACACUGUCCUUCUAAGUUAGAUUCCAGUUAACUGCCACACUGAACCUGUACAUUUGAGUUAGUAUGUACAUUUUGAACACUGGACAAGUGCCAUGCUCAAGUAAAAGACAGUCCACAUGAGGGAAUGGAUGUAAGUAUCUUAUGUUAGUUGGAUAAUUUAAUGAACUAUAACAAUAACAAUAAUAAUAAUAGUAAUGAUGAUAGAUUGAAAACAAAGGCUUUUCCUCACAAUGAAGCUGAGUUAAACAGUGAAGCAGAAAAUAGAAGAUUGCUGUUUGGUGUGUUAUUCCACAUUUUGUGCAAAGCCAAACUAACCCCACUAUAAAUGAUUUAUUCAGUUGCUACAUCGGCAUUGCUACGCUAGAAGAUCAAUCAUUAAAUCAUUUUUCUAAGAAUUUUGACUUAAAUCUCAAAAAUUGUCUUUAAAAACUGAAGUUCUCUCUGUAAUCGUUGUAACAUCCCCAAAUCAGCACAUCAUCUGUUAAGGAACACAUGUCCAUACUAAUAUGCCAAAGAUGUGUUUGAGGUCGUUCGGGCACAGUGUCCUCUAUCCUUGAGUUUGUCCUCCAGAGGGCGCUGAGGUUUCGUUUGCGCUGCGAGAUGUCCGUUAGCAAAGAUCCUGGCUAUUCUUUAAUGCACAUUCAGAAGUGUUCAUGUUAAACAGAAACAGAAACUCCACCUUUAAACCUGAGUGGAGUUUGCAGGGAAUUUGUCAAAAGCAACUUUAUUUUCACCUUUCUGUGAUUUAAACUCACUGUCCAGCCUCAGACCUCCAGAACAAAUCUAAUGAACUCUCCUUCCACGAACCACAUUUUAGAGAGCACUGUUUUAAAUGUGACGUUUGGACUGUCCAUGACUGCCUUAGUGUCUUGUGUAUCUUUGUGUAUUUAACAUUUUUUUUCUUGCACUGAAUGUGUGUGUGCCGGCUCUGUUACUGCAGAGCUGCCUUCCCUCUGCCUGUCAGGAUCACACAUGGUUUGACUUAAAAAAGAGGAAACUGGACUACAUAUGACAGGGUACUGAAAGGUGGCCAAAUCCAGCAGCAGCUGUACUUUUGGUUUCUAAAAGGUUGUUUAUAAUGUCAUUUUAAAAUUUGCCUUUCAAUUAGAAAAUAAUGCUGAAGCCAGGUCAGAGUGCACGUGCCUGGAUUAGUCCAGUCUGUAAAGUCUGUCUUGGUUGGUUGAGCAUUCUACAAAUUAAAGCCAUACUCUGUGUGUUGCCAAGUGGGCAAGAAGGCUGCGAACAACACUUCCUUCACAGUGAAGACAUGCACUUUAUCAAUUUGCUGCUUUUUCUUUCUUGUUUAGUUUUUUUUUUUCCUCUAAGUUAAGGAUUUUUCCCCAAAAAUGUAAAUCACAAAGUAGUUUGGCUUCAGGAAGUACCUGCAUGCUGUGGCUGUUGUUGAUUGUUGUCCUGGUAAAUUGUUUAAAUACAUGUAUGGAUGUAAAGUAAAAUAAAGGUGACACAAUGCUGAAAAAAGUUUAUUAAGAAUAUUGAA